AUGGGAGUCUUCGGAAUAUUCAAGCUGAAGGGGUUUGACCCUGAUACUUUCGAGAAAGAAUUAACCCAAUUGACCAGGCAGAUCUCUAAUACACAACUGCAAAUCUACAGUUUGAAAGGCAAAUCAAAACGGUGGGUAUUCUCCUUAAGCAAAAUUUUCUUAACUACAUAUGCAUUAAUUCUUGUUUAUAUAUAUCAGAAGGUUCCAAGGUCGCCAAUUGCAAGAAAUAAGAUCGUCAAUUUCAUUGAAAGCCAGUCCAAUGAUCAGCUUAUGGUGUUGGUGGGAUUUCCAGUCGUGGGGUACUUGAUAGUGUAUUUGAUCAAUAGCAUAUUCAGGCUUUCGGUUGGGAGACGGGAGAAACGCCUUCAAACAUUGAAGAAGAAGCAUUCUCUCAAGAUCGAGGAAUUGAAGAAAAUCACGAAUUUCAACACCACGAACGAAUUGUUAAACAAGUAUGGAAACCAGGACGUGAGAAAGAAAUCGAAGGAUGAGACUGGUAACAAAGCGACCGCCGAGAAACAGGUGGGUGCAUCACGCCAAAUUAACUCGGCAAAUGCCCAACAACAACAGCAACAGCAGCAGAUUAUUAAGAGAUUGCAGAGUCUCCAGGAAAACCCUCCAGUGCAGAAACCCAGAACGUUUCAAGACCGGGUGUUGGAUUUUAUUGUUGGAUCGGACAAUAACGAGGCCAUUGAGAAUAGAUAUGCGUUGAUCUGCAAGCAAUGUUUGACUCACAACGGGCUAGCACCUCCAGGAAGCACCAAUCCGUUCAAAGUAUCGUAUAUCUGUCCUAAUUGCGGGUUUUUGAAUGGUGAAACCGAAAUCGAGGAAACAACCACCCCCAUUGAAACCGAAGAGCUCGAAUCGAACAAAGCUACCCCCCUUGCAGUAGAUCGAGCAUUGCACAGGCCCCUGAUUGACGAUGUAAUGGACAAACCAAGCCCAGACCCGGUUUCCGGCGAACCGAUUCUUAUCGAUCCCAAAGACACCCAUUCUUCGUCAUUUAAUAGACUGACUAACGAGUCGCCUCUCAAAGACUCCUAA